UAUAUUGCUUAAUUGAUAACCAUAAGACUCCUGUCUACCCCUUAUAGUCUUAUUGGAUUAUAGAAAUAUAUAAUUAUGCAAUUAUGCAUGUUUUAAGAAUGUAUAUUUUUUGUGGCAUUUGUGAAAUAAUACUGUGAUCAAGUGUAACCCUAUGUGGUAGUUUUAUUGGUAUGGUAACCAGUGUGUGGAAAAGUAUUUUUUGGGCCAGAGUUGAUAUUGAUAGUAAAAAUAUGGUUUGUAAAGUGUUGGUUACCCAACCAUAGUUUUGAAAUUUUAAUAAAGGUGUACUUGAAGCACUUAGUAAAUAAAUACUUUGAUAGUAGAUUAUUUGCAAAAAGUUUUUAUUAUAAGGAAAACUCUUUCCCUAUCAUGGUAAGGGUUCAAUGUUAUUAAAUUGGUUUAUUAAACUAUUAAUUUGUGAAAAAUAAGUUUGAAAUUUUAGAGUAUUACAUAAGCUACCCAAGUCCGAGCCCCUUUUUAAGGGCUUAAUAAGGCCGGCUUAGAAACCCUAUUAUAUUAAAAAUCCCUUCCAAACCUAAACUCUUGUAAAAAUGAAUUAUAAUGGGUAGCCCAUUAAGCCUAGCUUGUAUUGCCAACCCUAAUUUCAAACAUCCUGAGAAUGUUUAUAGUUCCCAAGUGAUUGAGGAAUAGGUCCAUUGAAGUUAUUAUUAUAUAAGGCUAGCACAUUCAUAUUUCUUAUAUUCCCCAUUUCAUUAGAAAUUCUACUGCCAAGAUUGUUAUUUUGGAAAAUAAGACUUUUGAUCUUAAUCAAUCUAGUCUUAGGUUGAUUAGAAGCAUCAAGAAAAAAGACAAGGGUCUAAUGUCCCAAUUAUGUUGUUAUAGGAAACAUCAAGCUCAUAAACUUGAAUCAAGUUAGAAGGUAAAGAGGUAAAUUGCCUUUGAAGCGGUUUGUAGAAAGGUUGAGGAAUUAUAGUUUUAUGAGGAGCCCAAUGCUUUCUUGAAUGUUACCAAUAAGGAGGCUUGUGUUAAGAUUAAGAUGAAGAUUUAGAAUUAAGAUAAGUUUAAGUUACGACGGGUACUGUCGUGAGUCUCACUUCAAGAAACCUCACAAGAUAAAUGAGUUUUAUAAGUUUAAAGGAUUCUUCUACCUAACAAGCUAGUCUUUUGAGAUGGACUCUUUCUUUAGACUUAUGCUCAUGACAAAUGAUACUUUCAUUGAGAGGUUAGUAUCAUGGAAAGAGCUAUUUAUGAAGGGUUUAGAAUGGUUCUCUCUUUAGACUUGUGCUCAUGACAAGGCAUAAAAAAAAUUUCCCUUUAGCUUUAAAGUUUAAUCUUAUUAUAUACUUAUAUUAGGCAUUUAUGCUAUAGAAAAAUAUGUUUUUUAAACCCACAUAUCUAAAUCGGGUCAAGUGCAAACAGUUUAGAAAAAGGAGGAUAUGGUAUUGUUGUAAAUAAGUGGAAGGUUGAAGUGAUAUCUAAAACAUUACUAAUUUUUUUUAUUUAUAUGUUACAGAGUGAGGUUAAUAAAAAACAAUUCGAUGGAUCAUUCAUUCCAAAAGGAAGGCAUGAUAUCCUGACUGUUGCUAUAGGGAAACCAGAGCAUCUUGGACAUGUUCAAGGAAUCAGAUCAAGGGUGAGCAUAAGAGAUAUAUUUGGACCACCCCGUCAACGCAAUCCUUCAAGACUUGUGACAAGGGAGGAGGUGACUGCGAUGUUAGCUCAAGCAAAAGCAGAGGUUGAGGUUACCCUUGAAGUUAGAUUGCAAAAGAUGAAGGAGGAAAUGUUAAUGCAAAUGAGCUCACAGAAGGUGUCAAAUGCCCCACAUACCCCCUCUCUUACUUGUCAUUGGAGCACUAAAGAGAGUAACAUCGUUCAACUUCCUUCAAAAGAUGACCCAACUCCUAACCUUGAGCAAUGCUUCUUGUAUGUGGAGAAUAUAAAAAAAUGCUUAGUAGCACGCGGUCGCAUCCAUGAAGAUGUUGUCAAGGUAACCAUUGAAGAGGUCAAAAUUGACGAUGCUGAUAUCCCAUUCCCUACUGAUAAGAUCAAGACGGUAAAAGAUGCCAAGGGCACUUUCACUUUAUGGCCAAAGAGACUUGUUAGGAUGCCUCAAAAUUCGGAGACCCCAUCAUUUGAUAAAGUAGGUGAAAAGAUGCAAUUGUGCAAGCUAAGUUCAUGGGACCAUUUUGUCCUAUUGGCAUAUGGUGGAUCAUUUCCCCCUAGAAUUUUUAAAGCGGUUCCUGAUUUUGUUGGCAUUAACAACUAUCAAGUUUUUGUUGAGAAUGAGGAUCUAAGUCGGAUUCUCAUUGAUGGUGACCAAACUAUGACUAACAUUCAAAUUGGGAUGAUGUUUUUAUAUCAAAUGUUGGUCUCUUCAGGCAAAGAUAAACAAUAUGGAUUUCUUUGCCCACGUUACACUAAUGAUAAUGAGACCACCAAAGAGACAAAAGAGGAAUACAUGAAUCAAAGGCUCAGUGAAGGUGACAAGGAAUGUUACUUUUCCUUGUUUCUCCAUCUUGCUCAUUGGCAAUUGAUAGUGUUUUCAAUGAAGAACAAUUCUAUCCUCUUUUUAUGCUCUCUACAUCAUAAACUCAAUCCAGCAAUGAAGAAGUCUUGUGAGCAGGCUAUGAGGAUUGGCCAGCAAGUUCGAUUGGGCAAGACCUUACAUGAUGUCAAGAAUCCUACAUGGAUAACACCAAAAAGCCGACAUCAACCUCCUACUAACUUGUGUGGCUUUUAUGUGUUGAGACACGUGUACAACAUCAUCACGGCUGGUUUGAUAGAGCUUACUGAAGAGAUGUUUAAUGAUUCAUCUCCAUUUUCACAAUCAGAGAUCCAAGAAAUUAGAAGAUAUUGGGGACUAUUUAUGUUAGAGCUUCACAAUAAUAAUCCAUUGAAUGAGUGAAUUUAGGAUAGGUGUAGUUGAAUUAGGAAAAAUUAUCAAAC